AUGGGUGCCCAAGCUCCCAAUAGGUCUGUUGGUCCUUACGCAGUGCCUAUUGUUGUUCUGUGCUCACGAAACAAGGUCGACUACAUCCCCACCGUCUACGCCAUCCACAGACUCUCAGGCAUUGUCACACCAGCGAAUGCUGUGUAUUCAGUAGCAGAACUGGAGCAUCAGCUCAAGUCAUCAGGAUCACAGAUUCUCAUCACUUGUGUUCCCUUGCUCGACACAGCACUUCAGGCGGCAAAGAAAGCGGGCAUCGCCAAUGACAAGAUCUUCAUUCUGCCUAUGGCUGGCGCAGAGACAAGCCACCAGUUCCCGAGUAUAGAGGAUCUGAUCAAAGAGGGGAAAGCCCUCCCAGAUCUUGAGGCUCUGAAGUGGACAAAAGGUCAGGGGGCUCGCCAACCUGCGAUGCUCAGCUACUCCAGUGGCACCUCAGGACUGCCAAAAGCAGUUAUGGUGUCGCACAGGAAUGUGAUUGCAAAUGUCAUUCAACAGACCACUUUUGAGGAAGUAGCAAGGAGCCAGAAAGGCAUCAAGACACAAGUUCUUCUUGGUCUCCUCCCUCUCAGUCACAUCUAUGGCCUCAUUGUCGUCGCGCACUCAUCAACGUGGCGUGGUGACGAAGUCAUUAUCUUGCCCAAAUUCGAGCUCGAGACACUGCUUGCGGCGAUCCAAAAACACAAGAUCGAGCAACUACUUGUUGUGCCCCCGAUCGUCAUCCGAAUCCUGCGAAGCCAAGAUAUCUGCCGGAAAUAUGACAUGAGCAGCGUGAGAUUCCUGUAUACGGGAGCCGCACCGAUGGGCAAGGAGACCAUCGAGGCUCUCGAGAAACAAUACCCCAAAUGGGUCAUUGGUCAAGCUUAUGGUAUGACCGAGACUGCAACGGUAGUGGUGACAACCAGUGAGCAUGAUAUUUUGCACAAAUCCUCAGGCUCCUUGGUUCCAGGGACCAGGGCCAAGCUCGUUGAUCUGGACGGUUCGGAGAUUACAGAGUAUGACAAGCCUGGAGAAUUGCUCGUCCAAUCCCCAUCAGUCACGCUUGGCUACCACAACAACGAGAAGGCGACGGCCGAGACGUUCAUCUACGACGAUGAUGGAAGGUGGAUCCGCACAGGCGACGAGGUUCUUGUGACGCUGGCGCCAUCAGGCAACGAGCAUUUCGUGGUGGUCGACAGAAUCAAGGAGCUUAUCAAGGUCAAGGGGCACCAAGUGGCUCCGGCGGAGCUUGAGGCACACCUCCUCACGCAUCCAGCCGUUUCGGACUGCACAGUCAUCCAAGUCCCUGAUGAUCACGCUGGAGAAGUCCCCAAGGCAUUUGUUGUCAAGGCUGCCGAGUUCGAGUCCAAACCAGAGGAGGAAGUCGCCCAGGCUAUCAUCAAGCAUGUUGCCGAUCACAAGGCCUCGUACAAGCAUCUCAAGGGUGGAGUUGAGUUCAUCGAUGUCAUUCCCAAAAGCCCCAGCGGCAAGAUUCUUAGAAGGUUCCUACGAGACAAGGAGAGGGAGAAGCGGCGAAAGGAGGGCGGCAAGCUAUGA